AUGGUUGAGGAUCGUAUAGAUAAAUUGAAAUAUGAUAUUUACAUAUCAAAUACUUAUUAAAUUUUUGAUUUUGAAUAUUUUAUAAAGAUAUAGAACUAUUAGGAUGUACUAUUUGAUUCCACUUUUGGGGAGUGUGUUUACACUAAUCUUUACUUAUUUAAAAAGCAUCUUUCGGUUAUUUAAUGUCUUAAUGGACACUCUUCUUUUUACCAUUAUCUCCCAUAUACUUAUUUUAUUGAUAUUAAAAAUUGGUCUAUAUUUACUGAAGGUGGGACCUUUAAUUUGAAUGAAAUGAGAAUGUGCUUUUAAUCAUCCUAAAAUAAAAUAUCCGAAGAAUUAUUGUCAUACAUUUUAUCUAAACUUCUUUCUUUUGCUAUGAUCCUUAAUAAAAAUGACCUUUACUAUGGUAAUUAUUCUUUAGAAACAGUAUCAUUCUUCAAAUAGAAUCAGGUAUAUUCUUUGAAAGUAAAUAACUAUGGCUGUAUUUCCGGUGAUUUCAAUUCUUAUUUUGAAUUAAAAACUUUAUAUAAAUUCUAAUAAUAUUGUGAAAUUGACUUUGGUAAAUUAACUAGAGAGUAAAUACUAUUUGCAGAGGUUUACAACAUAUGUAUGAUAGUUACAGAUUUGAUUAUAGAUGAUGACAGAGAUUUUAGUAAUUUAUAUGAACAUAUUAAAUAAAAUUUAAAGGAAUAAUAGAACUUAAAUGCAGAGCAGUAAUAAUAUCAUAAAUUAGCACAUACUGAAUUCAUAAAAACAAUUACAGAGAAAUUAUAAAAUGAAAAAGAAUUUUAUAAAAAUAAUAUUAUUGAUUUUAUAAUCGAGAUAAUUAACAUGGAGAGCCAUACCAACAAACCUUCUUUUGAAAGACAUGAAUUAGAAAUUUUAUUAAAAAAAUAUGAUUUAAUUGAUUAAAUAGAAGGAAACAAAAAUUUUUAAAACGAAAUAGAAAUAAGUGAACAACUCAUAACAUACAUAUUUUAAACAACCAGAUUCUUUUAGAACCAAUAAUACAAAACUAAUUUGUAACGAUGCUUUACUAAUUACUACUUAAAUUAUUUUUCUAAUGAACAAAUUUACUUAGAUUUUUUCUUAAAAGCUUAAAAAUUAAAUUUAAUAGACUAAAAAUCAAGAUACUUUUUAAGUAAACUCUUUGUUAUUCAAUAAUAUAUUUGUUCAUUAAUAUUAAAUAAUCCAGUUUGUAAAAUAGAUUAAUCUUUCCUAGAAAUAUUUUUUUAGGUUUCUAUUAAACUGUUCAAUACACUAAGUUUGAAUAAAAAUAAUGAAAAUUAAGAACUUAAAUUAUUGCAAGAUAAGUUAGGCCCAUUUUAAAGUAUAGGCUAAGAUAUUGUAAUUGAUUACAAUUACAGACUUUUAAUUAAUAUUGCUUUGAAAUUAAAUCAAUAAUAAUUUCUUAAAUAGUUAAUAUUUUUUGAUGGUAUUUCUUAGCAAUUUGAGAAAGAUCUAAAAGAACUCUCAGUAUAAAUAACAAUUUUGAUUCUUAAUAAUGAAAUAGAAGAAGCGAACGAUAUUUUUAAAUAGGUAAACGAAUUAAUCAGCUAGAAAUAGAAUAUCAACUAACCUAUAGAUAUAGUCUAUUUGCUCCCUCUUCUAUCUUUUUCUAACAUUUAAUGA